AGAGGAGGGGCAGGGGGAAGGGCGCGGUCGCAGUCGCAGGCAGGGAGCAAGCGCGCAGCGCCAGCAUCCGGGCGCACACCUUCGCUCCGGAUUCUUCCGCACUCGGGUUCCCGCGGCGGCGUUUCUGGGUUAGUGUGAUCUCAACUCAAGUCAAAGGUGGGAUAUCAUGGCAUCCAUCUGGAUUGGACAUCGAGGCACCAUUAGAGAUUAUUCAGGCUUUAGCCCAUCGGUGGAUGCUGAAGCCAUUCACAAGGCAAUCAGAGGAAUUGGAACCGAUGAGAAAACGCUCAUCAGCAUUCUGACGGAAAGGUCGAACGCACAGAGGCAGCUGAUUGUUAAGGAAUAUCAAGCAGCAUAUGGAAAGGAGUUGAAAGAUGACUUGAAGGGUGAUCUCUCUGGCAACUUUAAGCGUACCAUGGUGGCCCUUGUGACUCUACCAGCAGUGUUCGAUGCGAAGCAGCUAAAGAAAUCCAUGAAGGGAGCUGGAACAAACGAAGAUGCGUUGAUUGAAAUUCUAACCACCAGGACAAGCAGGCAGAUGAAGGAGAUCUCCCAAGCCUACUAUACAAUAUAUAAGAAGAGUCUUGGAGAUGACAUUAGCUCUGAAACAUCUGGUGACUUCCGGAAAGCUCUGCUGACUUUGGCUGAUGGCAGAAGAGAUGAGAGUCUGAAAGUGGAUGAGCAUCUGGCUAAAAAGGAUGCCCAGAUUCUCUAUAAUGCUGGUGAGAAGAAAUGGGGCACAGAUGAAGAUAAAUUCACCGAGAUCCUGUGUUUAAGGAGCUUUCCUCAACUGAAACUAACAUUUGAUGAAUAUAAAAAUAUCAGCCAGAAGGACAUCGAGGACAGCAUAAAAGGAGAAUUAUCUGGGCAUUUUGAAGACUUACUGCUGGCCAUAGCCCCCAGCGCAGCCCAUGGUACAGACAGUAUGCUCAACAAAUAUUGUUAACUUGAUGUGUCAAGAAGUAAUCUUUUUAUGUCUUACUUUGCUUUUUAAAUUUGUAUUUGGCUUGUCAUUGUGUUUAUAUUGUUGUCUCCUUAAGAACUGAACCUUUUCUUUUUGAGCUUUGUUGAACACUGAGACCUAAGUCAAUUCAGUUGUUCACCAUAUUUGGUUAUUUUUGGAAAAUGUCAGUAACCACCCAAAGUUAAGGCCUGGUCAGAGCUAUAGGUCUUCUCCACUUCGUGUUAGCAAGGUGGUAUGUCAGAAUGAAAGUAAGUCUCAGAUGGAAUCCAUCCCCACAUAAACAUGUCAAUUAACAAGCAGGCAAAAACACAGUUAUAUGAGGUCUCAGAUGUCUGUCCUUUUAGGUACCUGGGCAGUACCUUGUAAGAAACGUGCAAUCAAAAAAUGAGACACUCACUAUUCAACGGCAAGAUUCAGUGACCCUUCUAGUCAGAGUUAGGCAACAAAAUCUUCUGUAAAGUGCUUGUAUACAGACAGGAUUGUUCAGAAUCCUAAACUACUCCAAAGAGUUUAGGGAGGCUAUUGGGAUGGCUACAAUCCUAUGAACUAGGUACUAUUUUUAUCCCUUGGUUUAAAAAAAAAAAAAGGCGCCGUUGA